AUGCGGCAACAGCUGUCUCGAAGUCAGCCCCCCACUACCGAGCCUGCAGCCUUGGAUGAGCCUCCCGAAUCAAACACCUGUGAACUUGCAAUCCCAGCAGCAGAGAGGAAUAUGCAAGUGGGGGAGGAGGAGAUGGGGGAGGUGUUGAGGUGGCGAGUGGAGGACAUUCGGCAGCAGUGGCUUCUAUUCAAGAAGGAGAUAAGCAGGGGGCAGUACGGCAUGAUUCGGAGAUGCGUGCACUGCAGCACCGGGGAGAUCGCUGCCUGCAAGAGCAUCUGGAAGGCUGUCACAUCCCCUACCCACGUAAUCGACUCAACAGCAGCAGCAGCAGACUCUGCUGGAAAAGGAAGAAAGGACAGCAGAAAAUGUGGCAGAAGCAGCAGCAGUGGGGAGGGGGGCGAAGCAGCCAAUAACAUGAUGUUGCGGACGGUACUGGAGGCGGAGAGGGAGGGGUUCAGCUGCAGCCGGAGGUGGCAGGAGCUGUUGUCACUAGCCAAGCAUCUCAUCAUUUGGGUUGGUGCCAUCCCUUGCGAGUACCCUUCCGUCUCCGCGUCUCCUUUCGCUGGAGGUGACCCCAGCGAAACCCAACUGUCUGUUGCCGCGCAAGUCAGCGCAAACGGCGGAGAUCCGUUUCCCAGCGAGUUUAUCAGCCGUUUCCCAGCAGUUGGUGACGGCGGAGCCGCCAGUGGUACCACGGCAGCCAACGUGGCGCUUGAGGAUUGGUGCAACGAGGUAGCGGCGUCAAUGGUUCAAACGGCGGCUCCAAGGGUGCUGGGCCGGAAGCAGCGGCAGCGGCUGAUGAGGCAGUGGUUCGACGAUGCUCCUGAUGAGCUCGUUUCGCCCGCAUUACCUGAAGUCAACCGGACAAGCCAAGUCAACCAAGUCAACGCAUUCGACGCAUUACAUGCUGUCAAUGACCUUGACGAGCAUCCGGAAGGCCGCCAUGCAGGUAGGGCCGUCCCUGCCAUGGGGCCCCCCUGCUCUCCCACCCUGCUCUCCCACCCUGCUCUCCCACCCUGCUCUCCCACCCUGCUCUCCCCACCCUGCUCUCCCACCCUGCUCUCCCCACCCUGCUCUCCCCACCCUGAUCUCCCACCCUGCUCUCCCACCCUGCUCUCCCACCCUGCUCUCCCCACCCUGAUCUCCCACCCUGAUUCUCUCUGCCUCAUCCUCACCUUCAGCAUCUGUGCUUUCCUUCCCUUUCCGCCCUGCCUCGUGCCUCUUGCCUUUCCAACAGGGCAGAGUGCUGCUGACGUGGCAGUCACAGAGGAACUCAAUGGCCACAUCGACAUCUUUCGGAUAAAGAAGGAAACACAGGGUAAGUUACCCUUGUCCGUUCCCUUCUACCCCAUUGUGAAUCACGUGCAUGUGCACGUGCACGUGGCAAUGGAGCUCUGUGAGGGGGGAGACCUGUUUGACCGCGUUGUCUCGCACGGAAGGCUCUCGGAACCUUCUGCAGCGCGCAUCUUCCGAUCGCUCAUGCUGGCCUUGCAGCACUGCCACUCGCACACCAUCGUGCACCGCGACGUCAAACCCGAAAUCAUCCUUCUAUCGAAUCGCGCUAUUAACAAGGAUAAUGUUAAUGGCUCAGCAGAAGCAAGGGAGGUGCAAGUGGGGGAGGUGCAAGCAGGGGAGGUGCAAGUGGGGGAGGUGCAAGCAGGGGAGGUGCAAGCAAGGGAGGCGCAAGUGGGGGAGGUGCAAGUGGGGGAGGUGCAAGUGGGAGAGGCAAAAGUGGGGGAGGUGAAAGUGGGGGAGGCGAAAGUGGGGGAGGCGAAAGUGGGGGAGGCGAAAGUGGGGGAGGCGAAAGUGGGGGAGACGAAAAUGGGUGAGGUACGAGCGGGGGAGCUGAUGAUGCGGCCAGUGGAGGACUUUCGGUCGCGAGCGUGCUUGAGGGUGUUCCAGACUCCCAGGGGCCAUGUUCAAGAAGUGUACCCUGGACCCAAAACUCUGAAGUGUUAA